AUGUCAAAUUCUAUCUCAUUGUAUAAUUACGUUAAAGACAUAUACAGCCAAUCACCCAAGUACCAUCAUCAUGCUAUUCAACCGGGUUAUGUUGCAGGAUUAGAUCUUCUGCUAUCACUUAUAGAUGAAUCUGGAAAUGUGGUAUUAUUAUCUUUAAAUUCCACUAUUUCUACCAAAUUAGUUAUAAAGAGUAAGGUUAAGAAGCAAACCCUCAAGAUAUGCUUGGAGUUUCAGUACAUGGAAGAAAAAAGAGAAAAAAGAGGUCCAAUAAUGAUACAGAAUGUGGAGUUCAGAGUAGAAAGUCAUAUUGAAACUCCACCUGCAACCAAUAUUGAUGAUGAAAGCGAUCAUCUUGAUCAGAACAAAGACUUUGAUUUGGAUUAUAACAAAAGCUUUGAGUCUUACCAUAUAUCCAAAACUGCUAAGUAUGCGGAACUUCACAAAAAAAUCGCGAAACUUAUGAUAGUCGAUGAAAUUAACAGCAGUGUGGUUGUUAAAAAGAAAUGCAUUCAUGUUUUAGUUGAGUUUCCAUGCAGAUCUAUGCCAAAAUCAACAUUACAGCUAGAUAUCUUUCGAUAUGACAAAAACAGUAAUCUCAUAGUCAUUGUUGAUGAUCGCAAUGUAGAACAAGUUUUUGGAAAAAAGAUGGCAAAUUUGGUGCAAAGUCUUGA